AUGCUGAACAUACAUGCGACCACGCACGCUGCGGCCCCCAGGGAGCCAUACAUGAAUGCUAAGAUGGAGAAACUCAAGCGCCCCUCCAUAGCGUUGGCAGGGACGGCUGAGACCUGGUCAUACUUUCUAACCCGCUGGGGUGAAUACAAGAGGGGGACCAAAUUGAUCGGAUCUGACAUUGUUACACAACUACUGGAGUGCUGUGAGGAAGAUCUGAGGAAGGACCUCACCCGCGCAGCAGGCAAGAGCCUAGUGGACAGUGAGGAAGAGGAUGUCCUCUCUGCCAUGAGGGCACUCGCUGUGCGUGCAGAGAACACAAUGGUAGCUCGAGUGACCCUGUCUAACAUGCGACAGGGACACGAAGAACCCAUCCGAUCAUUCUACGCUCGCUUGAAAGGGCAGGCGGACACAUGUAAAUAUGAAAUGAAUUGCACCAAAGAGGGGUGCAACCAAGUCAAUGACUUCACAGAGGACAUACUGCGCGACGUAAUCGCCCGUGGCAUAGCAGACCAAGAAAUACAGCUUGAUCUGCUUGGCGAGAAAAAUCAAAAUAUGCCAUUGAGGGACAUGAUAGAAUACAUCGAAGCUAAAGAGUCAGGAAAGCGCUCAGCAUCACGGCUACUUGGUCCCCAGAGCACAGACGCAGUCAGCAGCUCGUACCGACGAGGGAAGCAGCAGGACACCCGUACCAGAGGGGGCACCAGGACAGAGACAUCAAAGGUCAAGCCUGAGGGGGCGUGCAUCUACUGCGGCGAGACAGGCCAUGGAAAAACACCACAGUGGCGCACCAGGCGUGCUGAAUGCCCCGCAUAUGGCAAGACGUGUCGAAAAUGCAGUCGUCAGAACCACUUUGACAAGGCCUGCUUAGGUGGUCGUUCGCCUAGGCCCCCACCAGAGGAGACUGAUGGGGUGUGUGACGAACAGCAGACGGCCGCAUUCGUCGAGCUAUGCACGCUGACUGCAAGUAGCUCUAACGACAAGAUACGCACACUUCCCCUCGCCCACCACCUGUAUGAUGAUAUGUGCGAUAAGUGGACGAGGCGGCCAUCCAACCCACAGCCAUACAUCCACCUCACCAUCACCAUCGAACGCGAGGAUUACAAAGCGCUGGGCCUCGACCUUCAGAAACGCACCCGGGCCGUGACCCUGCCUGCCAUGGCUGACACAGGGUGCCAGAGCUGUCUAAUCGGUGUCAAAGUCGCCCAACGGCUGGGACUAAGUACAGAAGACCUUAUUCCCGUAUCCAUGACGAUGAAGGCCGCAAACGAUGAGGGAAUACGGAUUCUCGGGGCCGCCGUCGUCAGGUUCGCUGGUACCAGCAGCGACGCCCGUAGAUUGGAGACGCGCCAAAUCGCAUACGUGACAGACACCUCAGACCGUAUAUUCCUUUCUCGUACGGCCUGUGUAGACCUGGGCAUGAUCUCAGACAAGUUUCCAACGCUCGGGGAGGUCAACCUGGCGACCUCGGACCCAUGUGACUGCCCGCAACGCGCGGAGCCCCCAACCAGACCGACUACGCUCCCCAUGCCGGCCACUGAAGCUAACAGAGAGGCUCUACGGAAACACCUACUGGGGCUAUACGCUCAGAGCACAUUCAAUACGAACCUCAAGGAAAAGACCCUGCGCUAUCGCUUCCGCAUCGUGCACGUGCCGGGGAUGAAGAACAGGGCCGCGGAUGCCAUGUCGCGUAGGCCGGUCGGCACGCUGUGCCCGUCACCCAUGGAUUUGCCGGACGACAAUGCUGCCAUGGUGACCCACCUCUCGCCCAGCACACACGCUGAUGUCCUGUCCCUUAUACGACUGACAGGGCCAGUAAACGACGAAGUUGAGGAAGGAGACCUGACCUGGUGCGCUGCUGGGCUUGAAUCGCUGCGGUCCGUGACGUGGGAUCGCGUCAAGGAGGCCACCUGCAGCGACGACGACAUGCGUGCACUGGAGGAGAUAGCAGCGGACGGCUUCCCCGAGUCGAGGACAGGAAUGCCGGUGGCCAUUCGCAACUUCCACCAAUACCGCGAAGACAUUACAUCUGCUGAUGGGGUGGUCCUGUACAAGGACAGAGUGAUCAUUCCACCCUCGCUCCGUGCUCUUCCUGUGUCGCCAUUGCCGUCCAGUCGUGUGUGCAGCCCGGUGACACCUGUGGUGGAGUCUGGGCCCACCCCGCCGCCGACACAUCCACCUGCGGGCUCUCCCCGCCGCGGUUUGCGGCCAGUUUCCCUCAUGCCUGCGGUGCCAGCCCGGGACAUCCCUUGUACUCCGCCACCGGACUCUGUGGCCCCCUUGGCCCCUUCGCCGCCGGCUGCGUCGCCAGCUACGGAGUUACGUCGGUCCACCAGGAAAGCCGGUGUGCCUGCCUGGCAUGGGGACUAUGUCUUGGAAUAG